AACUUACUUAAUUUGGGACACGGAAUGAUAUAAAGCAGUGGUUCUCGAUUGUGUGUUAGUUCACAACAAGUGCAUGCGUCCGAUUGCAAUGUUGGAACCCGUUCUCGCCUUCGCAGUGUUACUGGUCAAUCAUGCUCUAGGGGCAGAGCUAUUUCUCAACCCCGGUAUGGAGCAGCCGGAUAUGGUUGGAACGUGGGGCAAUGCCUGGGGGUACAAGGUCGAUCGUAUCAACACCGACAGCCACAGUGGUAACUUCUCAGCCAAGCUGUACCAAAGGACCCAGUCCUACCAGGGCAUUGGUCAGGACGUUGCCUUGACGACCAACACGCGCUACGCCAUCGAAGGAUACGUAAAACUCCUGAACAAUAACUCCAAGAUGUCACAGGAAUUUGAGUUCAUGAUACGCUAUCAGUGGAGUAAUGACUUUUCGAAUUCCACGUGGAUUCAGAUUGGUUUCCAUCGGUUUGCGCAUCCGAAAGAUGGCUGGAUAAGAGUCGCGGCAGAUUUUACAACACCCUUGAGACAAUGGUACUUAGCGAACGUGUACAUCCAGGGGCCAGACGUCGGUAUUGAGUACUUAGCAGACGACUUCUCUCUAAAGGAAGUGCCAGAAAACAGCACCUGGCGACAAGCGUCCCUGGAAAGCAUCGAACGGAUCCGGAAGAGCAAUAUUACUCUCAGCGUCAAUGUUGGUGCCCAGUACGACCCUCAUUUUAUCGAGGUUGAGGUUGCGCUACGCUCGCACGAGUUCGGGUUCGGCUCGGUGAUUGACGACGCCGCCUAUCUGGACCCGGGGUACGUGACUUACCAGAACCUCUUGCAUGAGUUCUUCAACUGGGCCACCGUGGGGACCUACAAGUGGGGAUACAACCAGGGAACGCCGACUCACCCCAACUAUGACCGAGCUGUCAACGCAACGAAUGCACUUCUGAAAAACGGGAUGAUUGUCCGCGGCCACAACAUGUUCUGGGGCACAACUGGCGACACACCUGACUGGGCGCAGAAACUGAGCUCUGACCAACUCAAGGCCACCGUAGACGAGCGCAUCCGAUUCAUGACCAACAUCACCUACGGAAAACUCGCUCACUGGGACGUAAACAACGAAAUGUUGCACGGUCAGGUAUAUGAGGAAAUCACGAGGGAUCCAAACUACUCGCAGCACAUAUACCGGGCAGUGCACGCGGCAGAUCCGAGCGUCAAGUUGUUCUUGAACGAGUACAACGUGUUGGCCAACGGGGAUUCCACAGAGGAUUUUGUACGGCAAGCGCUGUCCUUCAAGGCGGCUAACUGCGGGCUGUACGGGCUCGGUCUGCAGAGUCACUUCGCGGACUACGUAGCCCCGGACCCAACACUGAUAGUGCGGCGUCUAAAACGCCUGGCAUCAACAGGGCUGCCCCUGUGGAUAACAGAACUGUCAUUGGCUAACAAGAACGAGAACGUCACGGCGGACUGGUUUGAGCAGGUGCUUACAAUCUACUUCGCACAUCCGGCGGUAGAGGGCGUCAUUCUGGGGCGAUUCUGGGAUCGCAUGGGAGUCAACUCGGAUGGAGCGUUGGUGAAUGGAAAUAACUACCACAUCAAUGCAGCGGGCAAGCGAUACCUGGAUCUCGUGAAAAAGAGAUGGUCGACAAACAUUAAAUCUCCAUUGACCCAAAAACUCACCAGUCUGGACAUUCGUGGUUUCCACGGAGACUAUGAUGUCAUCAUUCGAUAUCGAGGCAAACCCAUAAAGAAAAUGAGUUUUAAGUUGCCUAGCGACAUUGACCACGUGACCUGGGCUGUAGAUGUGGACGGCAAUGGAGACGAGAUAGUACUUCCGACGCAUGCGCCAACAUCCGAGCCCGUGAAGCACGUGCACCACGUCAUCCACGACCACACGAGAACGCUAGGACAGGUUACGUCAUCAUCGGGAACCGAUCAAUGGACGUGCACGACUCGGUACUCGGAACUCUCCGCCAUCGGUGACGACAAGACAACGGAUAUAUCGUGUAUCUCCGGGGAGAUUAUGACGGGCUGCUCCAGUAGGACCAUGGACGGAAGCAGCGUUCGAGACGGCGAGUACUACCAGUUCAGUAACGGGGCUGCCACCUGCCGGGCGGUGAACGCAUUCCAGUCCGCUGCACCGGUGCAGGCGGUGGCGAGAUGUUGCUCUCGGAAGUCGCUUCAAUGCACCUACAUGACGGCGGGGCCGUCACUUCCGGGAAAGGAGGAGCAGAUUGCAGUCAAUUGUCCGGGACACUCCUUCCCUGUCGGUUGUACCUCGUACACGUAUUUCGGCUUCAUGGACGGGGCCUAUUCUAACGGGACGGACUGUGUGGCACAGGGGGACGGGGCGCGGCUCGAUUACACCGUGUUCGUGUACGCCGCGUGUUGCCAGGCCCCCUCUAUGACGUGCCACGUACGGCGCUCAGCACCUUCCGGUCUGAAGAGAGGUGACAGAGCUAGUGUCACGUGUAGUACAGGGGAGACGCUGCUGGGAUGUUCUGUGUACUCCGAGGACGGCAGUACCGGGGGAGCAAUGCCGGAUGGCACCGGGCGUGGCUGCACAGCGUUCAACGGACAGGAGCGCUUCCCCGGGGAGGAUUCCGUCACCGCCAUCGCCGUCUGCUGCACGUAACGCACGUGACUGUGGUGCACGUGACUGGGCGGCACGUGGUCUGAAUGAAUGUUGCGUGGAUUUGAUCUGUACAUUGUAGAUAAAAUUAUAUAGUGA